CGCACUGACCUUGCAUCGGUUGCCUCGUCAUCACAACAACCGGUCACUUUUGAAGGAGGAGGAUCGAUAGAAUCCCUUGCUUCACUCGAUCGGCGCGCAAGUGACCAGCGACCCGCAUUAGACGACAGGCAGGAACAGAUCACGCGCAUAGGAGGACACAGCAAGAUGGCUUCAUCCGAGAAUGCUACAAAGCAGCAGCCAAUGGAGGACAAGGGACCGGGUGCGCCUGCCAACAAGACACCGCCGACGCCCUCAGAGACGAUCGCGAUGGAACGAGAAUUCUGUCCAUUCGAUCUGAGGCGGAUGACCUACGCCUUACAUGGCGGUCAAAAGGCUACUGAGCUCAAGGAAAAGUUCAUGAUCGAACUUGAGCGCGAUCCUGCUUUCAAGUUGGAUGACAUUCACGAUCUCACAAAGGAUCAAUUGCGAGAGCGGACGAUGGCCAAGUUUGCCAACAUGGUACACUAUGUCACCACGGAGACCAUCGACGUAUUCACUCAGCGUAUGGAACUCAUCGGUAUCGCCGAUCCGGGCUUCUGGACUCGCUUCGGCGUGCAUUAUGGUCUCUUCCUCGGUGCCAUACGCUCGGGCGCUACAGCGAAUCAGUUCUCAUAUUGGAUGGAAAAGGGCUUGCUAGGUCUCAAUGGCCUCAUUGGCUGUUUCGCCAUGACCGAGCUCGCCCAUGGUUCCAACGUCGCCGGCCUCGAAACGACAGCGACCUUGGACACCCGUACAGACGAAUGGGUCAUUCACACGCCCUCCCUAUCUGCUACGAAGUGGUGGAUCGGCGGUGCAGCUUCCACAGCAACGCACUCCAGCGUGUUUGCUCAGAUGGUCAUCGACGGCAAGCGCUAUGGCACAAAGACUUUCAUCGUGCCGCUGCGUGAUCCGAAGACAUUUGCUCUGCUGCCUGGUAUUCUUAUCGGCGACAUUGGUAAGAAGAUGGGCCGUGAUGGCAUCGACAAUGGUUACAUUCAGUUCACAAACGUUCGCAUCCCGAGGGCUUACAUGCUCAUGAAGCACACCCAAGUCACACGAGAGGGCCACGUACAAGAGCCACCUCUUGCGCAGCUCACCUAUGGUGCACUGCUUCAAGGCCGGACAGCCAUGGUCGCCGACGCUGCGAGUGUGUCCAAGAAGGCGCUCACGAUUGGCAUACGAUAUGCUGCAGUCCGUCGUCAGUUCAAGACUGGCGACUCUGAAUUCGAGACGCAAGUGCUAUCUUAUCCCAUUCAUCAGCGCCGUUUGAUCCCCCUGGUCGCUCAAGCGAUCGCAAUGGGCUUUACUUCCCUCCGCAUGACUGCUCUCUUCGAAGAGAUGACGCAGACGCUCGAAUCGCUCGAUCCUAAUUCUGAUGAGGCGCACAUGCAAGAUGUGCUCGAGAAGCUCAAGGAGACCCAUGCUACCUCUGCCGGUCUCAAGGCAUUCUGCACGUGGAACGGUCUGGAGACGAUCGACAAGUGCAGACAGUCUUGCGGCGGCCAUGGCUAUUCUGCUUACAAUGGUCUCGCGGGGAUGUAUGCCGAUCAAGCUGUCCAAUGUACAUGGGAAGGCGAUAACACCAUUCUCAGUCUGCAAGCCGGUCGUUCGCUCAUUGCGAGCUACAUCGAGGCCCGACAGGGCGAUAAGAAGAUGGCAUCCGGUGUCGCUUACCUCAACAACCUCGAGCACGUCCUCACCGACAAGUGCCCGUCUGACAAAGACGUAGUCAGUCUCGAUACGCUCGACAAGGCUUGGGCGACCAUUGCUGCAAACACAGUGAAGCGCGCUGCAGAGGCUUACGAAGGCUGGACAAAGAAGGGCAAAGGCAGGGAUCUCGCCUUUGAGCUCUGUUCUCAGGAGCGCUUCGUCGCUGCAAAAGUACACACCACUGGCUACAUCUUCCGUCAGUUCGUAGAUGCUCUGCGCGAGCUCAAAAAGGUAGAAGACCCCAAGUCUGGCGUCGUCGAGCACCUUGAAAAAGUUGCCUUGUUAUAUGGUCUUUUCCAGGCAGAAGAGCAGGGCAUCUUCUUCCUCAAAUACAAGUUCUACACGCCUGAGCAAAUGGACAUCAUUUCCAACAAAAUCAGCGGAUUGUGCAACGAACUCCGCAAGUCAAUCGUCUCGCUCGUCGACGCAUUCAACUUCAGCGACUUCAUCGUCAACAGUCCAUUCGGGCGCUACGACGGGGAUGUCUACACAAGCUACUUCCGUCAAGUACGCGCGGCGAAUCCACCGCAGCCAGUGCACCCGUACUUUGAGCGACUCAUCAAGCCGCUGCUCGAGCGCAAGGAAGCCGACUAUGAAGACUUUGACGAGAUCGGUCUGGAUGAGGAGAUUGACGAGAUCAGAGAGGAGCGCGAAGAGGCAGAAGCUGGCGCUGCUGCAGAAGAGGAUGAUGACUAG